UCUUAACCGAGGUAGGCGGUGGUUCUCGGCCGCGCGCCGCGCGCGCCGGUAAUUGAUGAUUGUCCUCCUGCUCCGGGGAGACGAGGGGCGCGGCUGCCCACUGGCGGCGCGGUAGUACCCCCAGGCGGAGGGGAGGCCAGACCGAUGAGACCACUGCUUCUCCGCGACCUGUAGAGGCUUCUCAGAGAGACCAGUCUGGGCUCGUUCCGAGCCCCCCGGACCGCUUGCGGGGAACCGAACCUGCGUGCGGGACCGGGCCGUGGGACCGCGAGGCCACGAAGAGGAAGGUGCAAUGGCGAAGAAUUUAUCUGUAAUCUUGAUCCUGACCUUUGCCCUUUCAGUCACAAAUCCCCUUCAUGAACUAGAACCUGCAGCUGCUUUCCCUCAGACUACUGAGAAAAUUAGUCCAAAUUGGGAAUCUGGCAUUAACGUUGACUUGGCGAUUACCACACAGCGACAUCAUCUACAACAGCUUUUCUAUCGCUAUGGAGAAAAUAAUUCCUUGUCAGUUGAAGGGUUCAGAAAAUUGCUUCAAAGUAUAGGCAUAGAUAAGAUUAAAAGAAUCCACAUACACCAUGACCACGAGCACCACUCCGACCAUGAGCACCACUCCGACCAUGAGCAUCACUCCGACCACGAGCACCACUCUGACCAUGAGCACCACUCCGACCACGAGCACCACUCUGACCACGAGCACCACUCCGACCACGAGCACCACUCUGACCACGAGCACCACUCCGACCAUGAGCAUCACUCCGACCACGAGCAUCACUCUGACCAUGACCGUCACUCUGACCAUGACCGUCACUCUCACCGCAAUCAUGCUGCUUCCAGUAAAAAUAAUCGGAAAGCUCUGUGCCCAGACCAUGACUCCGAUAACACUCGUAAAGAGCCUAGAAACAGCCAGGGGAAGGGAUCUCACCGACCAGAACAUGCUAGUGGUAGAAGGAAUGUCAAGGAGGGCUUUAGUACUAGUGAAGUGACCUCCACUGUAUAUAAUGCUGUCUCUGAAGGCACUCACUUUCUAGAAACAAUAGAGACUCCAAAAUCUGGAAAGCUCCCCAAAGAUGUAAGCAGUUCCACUCCACCCAGUGUCAUGGAAAAGAGCCGCAUGAGCCGACUGGCCAGUAGGAAAGCAAAUGAAUCUGUGAAUGAGCCCCGAAAGGGCUUUAUGUAUUCUAGAAACUCAAAUGAAAAUCCUCAGGAGUGUUUCAAUGCGUCCAAGCUACUUAUGUCUCACGGCAUGGGCAUCCAUGUGCCACUGAAUGCAACAGAGUUCAGCUACCUCUGUCCAGCCAUCAUCAAUCAAAUUGAUGCUAGAUCCUGUCUGAUUCAUACAACAAGUGAAAAGAAGGCUGAGAUCCCUCCAAAGACCUAUUCUUUGCAAAUAGCCUGGGUUGGUGGCUUUAUAGCCAUUUCCAUCAUCAGUUUCCUGUCUUUGCUGGGUGUUAUUUUAGUACCUCUCAUGAAUCGGGUGUUUUUCAAAUUUCUCCUAAGUUUCCUUGUGGCGUUGGCCGUUGGGACUUUGAGUGGUGAUGCUUUUUUACAUCUUCUUCCCCAUUCUCAUGCGAGUCACCAACAUAGUCAUAGCCAUGAAGAACCAGCAAUGGAAAUGAAAAGAGGACCACUAUUCAGCCAUCUCGCCUCUCAAAACAUAGAAGAAAGCACCUAUUUUGAUUCCACAUGGAAGGGUCUGACAGCUCUAGGAGGCCUGUAUUUCAUGUUUCUUGUUGAACACGUCCUCACAUUGAUCAAACAAUUUAAAGAUAAGAAGAAAAAGAAUCAAAAAAAACCUGAAAAUGAUGAUGAUGUGGAAAUUAAGAAGCAGUUAUCCAAGUAUGAAUCUCAGCUUUCAACAAAUGAGGAAAAAGUCGAUACAGAUGAUCGACCUGAGGGCUAUCUGCGAGCAGACUCCCAAGAGCCCUCCCACUUUGAUUCUCAGCAGCCAACGGUCUUGGAAGAAGAAGAGGUCAUGAUAGCUCAUGCUCACCCCCAAGAAGUCUACAAUGAAUAUGUUCCCAGAGGGUGCAAGAACAAAUGCCACUCACACUUCCAUGAUACACUUGGCCAGUCAGAUGAUCUCAUUCACCAUCAUCAUGACUACCAUCACAUUCUCCACCACCACCACCACCAGAACCACCACCCGCACAGUCACAGCCAGCGCUACUCUCGGGAGGAGCUAAAGGAUGCUGGCAUUGCCACGCUGGCCUGGAUGGUGAUCAUGGGCGACGGCCUGCACAAUUUCAGCGAUGGCCUUGCAAUUGGUGCUGCUUUUACUGAAGGUUUAUCAAGUGGCUUAAGCACUUCUGUUGCUGUGUUCUGUCACGAGUUACCUCAUGAAUUAGGUGACUUUGCUGUUUUGCUAAAGGCUGGCAUGACCGUUAAACAGGCUGUUCUCUACAAUGCUUUGUCAGCCAUGCUGGCGUAUCUUGGAAUGGCAACUGGCAUUUUUAUUGGCCAUUAUGCUGAAAAUGUUUCCAUGUGGAUAUUUGCACUUACUGCUGGCUUAUUCAUGUAUGUUGCUCUGGUUGAUAUGGUACCUGAAAUGCUCCACAAUGAUGCAAGUGACCAUGGAUGUAGCCGCUGGGGGUACUUCUUUUUGCAGAAUGCUGGAAUACUUUUGGGUUUUGGCAUCAUGUUACUUAUUUCCAUAUUUGAACAUAAAAUUGUGUUUCGUAUAAAUUUCUAGUUAGGGUGUAAAUGCUAGAGUAGCUUUAAAAAUUGUUGUCAUAGUUUGAGUAGGUCAUAGAGAGAUGAGUUUGUAUGCUGGGGUAUUCAGCACUUAAAGUUAUUGGAUUUUGUGAUUUUUGAAUUCAGUAUUGCCAUCUGUUACACGUUCAAGGUCAAUUAUGGUGGUAACAUAAAGGUAUGUCUUAAUAUUUAAGUUAUUCUAUUUUGGAAAUAAAGCUAUAUGUGCAAUUCA